CAUGGCGGGGCAGCAGUUCCAGUACGACGACAGCGGCAACACGUUCUUCUACUUCCUCACCAGCUUCGUGGGGCUCAUCGUCAUCCCCGCCACCUACUACCUGUGGCCGCGGGACCAGCACGCCGAACAAAUUCGAUUAAAGAAUAUAAGGAACGUAUAUGGAAGGUGUUUGUGGUACCGCUUGCGACUGCUAAAACCACAGCAGAACAUAAUUCCUACAGUGAAGAAAAUAGUCCUCCUUGCUGGCUGGGCAUUAUUUUUGUUCCUUGCAUACAAAGUUUCCAAAACAGACAGAGAGUAUCAAGAAUACAACCCUUAUGAAGUGUUACAUUUGGAUCCUGGAGCAAGUAUAUCAGAAAUAAAGAAACAGUACCGUGCACUAUCCUUAAAAUACCAUCCAGAUAAAGGAGGAGAUGAAGUUAUGUUCAUGAGGAUUGCUAAGGCCUAUGCAGCCUUAACUGAUGAAGAGUCACGAAAAAACUGGGAAGAAUUUGGUAAUCCAGAUGGACCACAAGCUACAAGCUUUGGUAUAGCUUUGCCAGCUUGGAUUGUGGAUCAAAAAAAUUCAAUUUUGGUGUUGUUUGUAUAUGGAUUAGCAUUUAUGGUUAUUCUUCCAGUUGUUGUGGGUUCCUGGUGGUACCGAUCAAUACGAUACAGUGGGGAUCAGAUUCUCAUCCGAACAACUCAAAUAUAUACAUAUUUUGUCUAUAAAACCCGGAAUAUGGACAUGAAGCGGCUUAUCAUGGUUUUAGCAGGGGCAUCUGAAUUUGAUCCUCAGUACAAUAAAGAUGCGACGAGCAGACCAGCAGACAACAUCCAGAUACCUCAGCUAAUCAGAGAAAUUGGUGGCAUAAAUUUAAAGAAGAAUGAGCCUCCUCUCACCUACCCUUACAGUCUGAAAGCCAGAGUUCUGCUGUUGACUCAUCUUGCCCGGAUGCAAGUUCCUGAGGUCCUUGAAGAAGAUCAGCAGUUUAUCCUUAAGAAGAGUCCUGCACUACUUCAAGAAAUGAUUAAUGUGAUCUGCCAACUAAUAAUAAUGGCUCGAAGCAGGGAAGAAAGGGAGUUCCGUGCUCCAUCUUUGGGAUCUUUGGAAAAUUGCAUGAAGCUUUCCCAGAUGACAGUGCAGGGACUUCAGCAGUUCAAGUCUCCUCUUUUACAGCUGCCUCACAUUGAAGAGGACAAUCUGAGGAGAGUUUCCAAUCAUAAAAAGUAUAAAAUCAAAAGUAUUCAGGAUUUGGUGAGUUUGAAAGGUUCAGAUCGUCGCAAUUUACUGCACUUCCUAGAAGAUAAGAAAUAUGAAGAAGUUAUGGCUGUCCUUGGCAGCUUUCCAUAUGUCACUAUGGAUAUAAAACCACAGGUUCUGGAUGAUGAAGACAGCAACAACAUCACAGUAGGUUCUCUUGUCACUGUUCUGGUCACGCUAACAAGACAGACCAUGGCAGAAGUGUUUGAAAAGGAGCAGUCUAUAUGUGCAGCAGAAGAGCAGCCAACAGAAGAUGGGCAAGGAGAUGCCAGCAAAGUUAAGAGCAAAGGAUGGCAACAAAAGAAUAAAGGAACCAAGAAAGCUUCAAAAUCAAAGAAAAAGAAGCCAUUGAAAAAGAAACCUGUGCCACCUUCACUGCAACCACAGAAACAGCAGAAGCAAAAACAAGCUAAUGGGGUAGCUAAUAGAUUCAAUGAAGUCGUUGUGAAAGAAGAGGAGGAGGAGGUGUCUGAUAAAGGAAGUGAAUCUGAAGAAGAAGAAACGAACAGGGACUCUCAAAGUGAAAAAGAUGAUGGAAGUGACAGAGACUCUGACAGAGAACAAGAUGAGAAGCAAAACAAAGAUGAUGAAGCUGAAUGGCAAGAAUUACAGCAAAGUAUACAAAGAAAGGAGCGAGCCCUUCUUGAAACGAAGUCAAAGAUAACACACCCUGUUUACAGUCUUUUUUUUCCUGAGGAAAAACAAGAAUGGUGGUGGCUGUAUAUUGCAGAUCGGAAGGAGCAGAUGUUAAUAUGUAUGCCAUAUCACGUUUGUACACUAAAAGAUAAAGAAGAGGUAGAGCUGAAGUUCCCAGCACCAGGCAAGCCUGGAAACUAUCAGUACACAGUUUAUUUAAGAUCAGACUCAUAUAUGGGAUUGGACCAGAUUAAACCAUUAAAGCUGGAAGUUCACGAAGCAAAACCAGUGCCAGAAAAUCACCCACAGUGGGAUACAGCAAUAGAAGGUGAUGAGGACCAGGAAGACAGUGAGGGCUUUGAAGACAGUUUUGAAGAGGAAGAGGAAGAGGAGGAAGAUGAUGAUUAAACAUACUCUUGAUCGACUACAAUAUCUGCACACAGUGCAAACACUUGGUCUAACUGUGGAACUUGUACAAUUAACCAAGAAACACAGUACAGAAGCUUUGAGAAGGCUGAGUUUAAAUUUUCUUUACCAAUUAAGAGUGCAUUAUGUAACUUCUCAGUGGAGGUGAAACAGAUCUGUUGCCAUUGAUACACCUUGGAAUAUGCUUAUGGCUCAUUAUAGCCUUCAAAGUGCAGGAUGGUGCAUUUGUUUCAAUUGAAAAUAAAAGCUUUUUUAUUAUAAA